GAGGAGGAAGAGAGAUUCUGGAGAGAGAGGAAGUCCCACUAUCCAUCCGUGCAUCCAUUAGUCCAUCUGUCUUACCUUCCAUCCAGCAGCGUAGUCGUCUCCCCGUGCUUUUUGUUUUGGAUUUUGGACCUGUGAAGACGUGAGGUCAGCACAAGGGUCGGCAGAAUAAUUGGAAGUUGCAGCGGGGUUGGAUUUGUUUUUGGAACCUGUGCAUGUGCCUUACCUGGAAGAAAUAAAAUCACACUGCCCGAUAAUGGAAGUCGUGUGAAGACUGAAGUUUUCUCCUAUUUUUGUGGGAUUGUGCUGAUCCGAGAAAACAAGCAAGAAAAACAGACGUCAAUAAUGGGGGGGACAGAAAUCAGAUUAAGAGCCUUGGAGAGGGAGGCGUAGAAAAAUGGAGAUGCUCUAUUGUGAUCCCAUGUGCACAGAAGUGACCUUUGACACUGGAGACAAAAGCUUUCUAGUUUCUUUUGUAUGCCGGGACAUCCAGCUCAGCUGACAUCGAAUCAUCAUCAUUCACACUUGCUAUGUUUCAACUUUCUUCCUUGACCUACAUACUUUUUGGUUCUUUUGUGAGCUCUGAAAAUAUGGGUUUACUGAACUAUUUUCUUAAUUUUGUGUAUUAAUAUUCCAGCUUUUAAAUUGGGCAUCAGAUGGCAUCUUUGUUUUCACUUGGAAAGAAGGUUUCACGUUGUUUCCACAUGAGCCCAAAGCCAGUGUUAACUCUAAAUGUUUUUAAGAUGGCAUAUUUAACCUAUAGUCACACGCCCAUGCUUUUCUAUUUUUUGCUAUCCUUUCGGUUUGGACUUUCACAGAUUCUCUAAAUGUUACUAUGGAUCUUUACAUAUUUUAGCCUGCUUGGUGACAAAGCCAGCCUCUUUUUUCCCGUCUUGAUGGGCUUAAGAUUUGGACUAUACAUGACUGUCCUUCAGAAGGCUGUACACUGGACCUUGAGAUUUUUUCUGAACAAAUAAUCUAUCAGACUUCCUCAAUUUCUCUCCAGCGUACGGCAGCUGCAGGGAUGAACUGCUGGAGUCUGGGAAAAGCUAGGAAUGCCAUUAAAUUAGACAGAAGUGGGCCAUACAGCGGGAGGCUGAUGAUGCUGAUGUGGAUUAUCCUCUCCAGUUCACUGUGCCUCAUGACUGAUGGUCAAAUGAAGAUCUCACCAGAAACGGUGCAGCAGUGGGCCGUGUCAUUUGGCAAAGAGAUAACUGCUUUGUCCGCCAGGUACUCUGGAGCUAAACUUCUGCAGAAGAAAUACAAGGAUAUUGAAGGUACAGUGAAGAUAGAGGAGGUGAAUGGAGACGAACUGGUGAAAAGGUUUGCGGAAGAAAUGGAAGAGAUGCUUGGGAGGAAGAUGAAAGCUGUUAAGAGAUUAGCAGAAGCAGCAGAGGAUGCAGAUCUGGACCAUGAGUACAAUGAAACACUCGAGUUUGACUAUUAUAACUCCAUGUUGAUCAACACCGUGGAUGAGGAUGGGAAUGCAGUCCCACUGGGUGGAGAAUUCCCUUUGGAGGAAAACGAACAUUUUAAUAAACUGCCAGUCAGCAUACAGCAAAGUAACAUACAAGUUCCCACAAAUGUCUACAACAGAGAUCCUGAUAUUCUCAAUGGAGUCUACAUGUCUGAGGCUCUGAAUGAUGUUUUCGCUGAUAACUUCCAGGCGGAUCCAACUCUCACCUGGCAGUACUUUGGCAGUUCUACGGGCUUUUUCAGGCUAUAUCCAGGCAUCCAAUGGACUCCAGAUGAAAACGGUGUCGUCACAUUUGAUUGCAGAAACAGAAACUGGUAUAUACAAGCAGCCACAUCUCCUAAAGAUGUAGUAAUCGUCGUGGAUGUCAGUGGCAGCAUGAAGGGACUCAGACUGACAAUAGCCAAGCACACCAUUAAUACAAUCUUGGACACCCUGGGAGAAAAUGACUUUGUUAACAUCAUAGCUUACAGUGACUAUGUUCGCUACGUGGAGCCCUGCUUCCAGGGAACGCUAGUACAGGCUGAUCUGGAUAACCGAGAGCAUUUCAAGCUUUUGGUGGAACAGCUUCAUGUGAAAGGAGAGGGCAAAGUAAAAAAAGCAAUGAAGGAGUCUUUCAGGAUUCUCAAUGAGGCUACUGCACUGGGGCAGGGCAGCCUGUGUAACCAGGCAAUCAUGCUGAUAACAGACGGAGCCAUGGAGGACUUCCAAGAUGUUUUUCAAGAGUUUAACUGGCCGGAACGACGGGUUCGAGUGUUCACCUAUCUGAUUGGACGGGAAAUGACGUUUGCUGAAAAUGUCAAAUGGAUUGCCUGCAACAACAAGGGUUAUUACACACAUGUCUCAACACUGGCUGAUGUCCAGGAAAACGUUAUGGAGUACCUCCAUGUUCUGAGCCGGCCAAUGGUCAUCAACCACGAUCAUGACAUCAUUUGGACUGAGGCCUAUAUGGACAGUGUGCUGUUCAACACUCAGGCACAAAGCCUGCUCCUGAUGACCUCAGUAGCCAUGCCUGUGUUCAGCAAGAAGAGAGAGACUUUAUCUCACGGGAUUCUACUGGGAGUAGUAGGAACUGAUGUUGCCUUGAGAGAACUGAUGAGAUUAGCUACAAGAUACAAGCUGGGUGUUCAUGGCUAUGCCUACCUCAUCACCAAUAAUGGGUACAUCCUGUCUCAUCCUGACCUGCGACCUCUGUAUAAAGAGGGUAAGAAGCUAAAGCCUAAACCCAACUACAACAGUGUGGAUCUGUCAGAAGUGGAAUGGGAAGACAGCGAAGAAAAACUGAGGACCGCCAUGGUUAAAGGAGAAACCGGAAACUUGUCUUUAGAUGUGAAAACUUCAGUCGAUAAAGGAAGAAGAGUGAUGUUCCUGAAGAAUGAUUACUACUAUACUGUCAUCAAUGAGACACCAUUCAGGACCUACUGUGAGACAGACAUUGACCCAGCACACCGCAAGCUGAGUCAGCUUCAAGCUGUGGAACGAUACCUCACAGGCAAAGAGCCAGAUCUGGAGUGUGAUAUGCAGCUGCUGCAACAAACGCUGUUUGAUGCUGUGGUCACGGCUCCCAUGGAAGCUUACUGGAAUGCCCUUAUGCUCAACGUAUCCAGUAUGGAUGAGGGAAUUGAAACAGCAUUCUUAGGGACCCGUUCAGGCCUCAUAAGGUUUCUGAGGUAUGCCGGUAUCGAGAAAAGAAUUGGCAAGUCUUUCCUGACCUCCACAGACAAGGAGAAUAUGUUCACCCUGGACCAUUUCCCAGUGUGGUACCGCAGAGCAGCUGAGUACCCAGCUGGAAAGUUUCUAUAUUACAUGCCCAGACAAGACACUAGAGGUAGGAGGCCAUACCUUUACUUACAGAUUGAGUAA